AGAUAAUUGAACUACUUCGCAUGAUCAUCAAAAGUCAAAUUAUAAAAAGUAAGGAGUUGCCGCAAUUUCUUUUCCUUGAAGAUGCAUGUCAUUUCUUAUCCCAAAAACGGUUCCCAUUUCGGCAGCAAACGACGCGAAUUCAGAUAGCGGCGAAACCGAUAUCGGCGACUUAUGCACUUGAAGGACCUCGGUCAGUCUCAACUUGAACCAGCUAAAUUGGUGUCGUUUUUAAUUCGUUUUUUGGUAGCAAAUAAAAGUGAAGCGCAGCGGUCCCUGCAGAGAUUGUGCUGCUCCGGUCCCAAAAUACAAGGCCAAGCCGUCGCAGGGUCCGUCGGGCGGGACUAUUUCAGACAAACUGGGAGGCCAAAAGAGUUCAGCUUCAGCCAGACACUAGCUCAGCUCCCUUACUUUUUUCAGACAAAAGUAAGGAGAAAUAGCGCAGCUCCCCCGUCGCAGCUCGAGACUCGGGGGAGCAAAAACAGGGCGGAUUUGGGGAAAUCGUCGGAAUGGUGUCAGAAGGCGCCUAUACCGUCGCGAUUCAGUGACUUUCUAUUAGUUUUCUUGUCCCCGGUCUGUAUCGGUCGACUUGGCUCAUCAAGGGGCUCGAUUCAGGAGGUCUACGUAGACCUCCCCCGAGAGCCGGAAUCACACUGCUACGCUCGAUCCAGAUAGAGGUCAUUCUGGACCAUAUUUCUGUUUUAAAAAGACUAUGUUUGAAUCGCGGCCUGCAAAAACCCAGCUUUUGAGUACCGGCCACUUGAUAACUUUCCCAAAUGUACAAACUUCAGCACUUCCGCUGCAAUUUUCGGCGGACACGCGACGGCCCCAAGAGUGGCGCUGCAACUCCUUACUUUUUUCAGUUGGUUGAUGCUUGACGAUCAUGCGAAAUAGUGCAACUCUCCAGAUUCAGACUUCCCCUUACUUUUUUCAGCCUUGGCUGAAGUAGUCCUGAACUAUUUUGGCAUCCCCAAAAUAUUUCAGACAAAAUAGCUCCACUCCCCUUACCUUUUUCAGUUGGUUGGUGUCUGAUCAUGUGAAAGAGUUCAGCUAUCUUUUGACUUUUCGCAUGACAAAUGCAAAUUAUAAUCUAGCUCAAGUCGAGACUGCCUGAGCUAUUUAAUUUCAUGCCUCUUUUGGCGAUCGGAAAGACGAAUAAACAAGCGAAAAUCCAUGACAAAAGUGGCCACAUUUCGUUUCAGGUGAUUUUGCAGUGCUCGCACUUCACGCGCGUGCUCCCGGACCCACUGGAAAAAGCGGAAAUGGUGAUUUUGCACAACGAGACGAUUAAUCCGGACAGUACCGAAAAGCUGGAGGUCGUACCAGUGCAAAUCACCUUUCCCCCGGAAGAGGAGGACUAAAGCUACUUACUUACGGGGGAACAACGAGGAGAAUACCGGCGUUAUUCACGACCUCUCGGGUCGUUUGGGACGAGUUGGAAUUUAUUAUUUCUUUGCCCUGUCCGUCUCUGUAGUGGUACGGAUUGGGAUUACAGGUUGAUGUUCAGCUUCUUACAUUUCUUUAUCUUUUUUACGCUCUUGUAUUGGGUGGUGAUGGUGAUGUUACAGUGUCUUCAUGAAUGUGAUGCAUCUUCUAGUACAACUUGUUGAAGACAUGUGAUUACGACUUGACAUUUACUUUUUAUUCAAUAGCGAUAUCUAAAUUCAACUCUUGUUCUGGUCUGCCUACAGCAGCCAUUGUACACUAGGAAAAUUUGCUGGUUUUUUUGAACAUAGCGUUUACAAUUGUAGUUUCAUGUUUUUGGAAAGAAUUUUCAUGAACUUGUACAGAAGUAAUAGCAUUGAGCUUUUUGGGUUAAUGUGUGCCUCGGCGAUGAAAGAAGCACUUUGAUAUAUUUGCGUUGCAUUUUUGAUGUAACGCAGAAAUAUGCUGCAUUUUUGAUGUCGCAGUUACUGUUGCUUUCUCUUUAAUCGUAAACUACGAUCCAGCGCAGUUGCUAAAUUCAUUUCCACUGUCCGAUCGGAGUAGAACGCCCGGGCAGCCGCCCUCCUACGAUUGCGAAACGCCCCGAGGCUAUAUUCGCAAAGAAUACCGGCGACCGGCGGUCUUACUUUUCGUCGACAACUGCAGGGAGCUGGAGACGUUUCUGCAGCGAAAGAUCGAGAACGAGUGGCGCCAGUGGGUGGACGAGGAGGUUUUGAUGAAGCAAAACACUAAAAACAAAGUGAAAAGUCUCGUCGUCCACCUGGAGCUGGGCUGUGGUGUCAGAGUGCCUUCGUGUAGGAGCGAGGGCGAAAGACUCGUGUGGGAGGUGAAUGAGCUUGCUGCGAAAACGAAGAGGAAGUCGAACUCGGAAGUCGAAGUCGAAAGGACGAUCAUUGAGGAGGAAGAAACUCCUCGUCCUACAACUACAAAAGCCAACUUAAUCCGAAUCAACCCUGCAGAGCCAACUUUUGUUUUCCUGCGCAAGAUUGACAAUCCGCUGUUCUGGCAUUUCAACGAGGAUGAUCUCUGCUAUCGCACCAUUGCGGGCCAGGAAGAGCUAUGCCGAGGUAGUGUUUUCCAAACUUGUUAAUGCACAUGACAAAUCUGGAGAUGAAGUUGCAGUGGUCGCAUUUCACGCGCGUGCUCCCGGAACCACUGGAAAAAGCGGAAAUGGUGAUUUUGCAGGCGGGGGGGCCGGAACAAACUUUCGGGCGAAGGGAUCAAGCAGCUCGUGAACACUUUGUAUGCAAUGCAAAAGUAUCGUGCUAGUAGUAAUUGCAUUGCAAAUUGCCUCAGCAUGACAAAUGGAAUUUGUCAUGCUGUUUUACCUUGAGAUGGAGAUUUGUAAUGCAUAAUGAUAAUUGCAAUUGCUACGAGUCAUUGCGUUGCUUUUGCAAUGCAUACUUUGUUGUGACCGACGAUUGUGAAGUUCAAAUGUUUUCUCGACGUGAAUGUCGACCAGGAAAACGUCCGCCAGUUGACCACCGAGGAGCUGCUGGGCGUUCUCUCCGUCCGCUUGGCCUGGCUGGCCACCAACACCGAGGAUAACAUUAGCAACGAACUGGCGGGGGCACACUGGCUUGUGGAGUGGAGUUUGCUGAUCGAUCUGAUCAACUGGAAUAUCCAAGAAAAAGCAACCAUAGCCAUGCAAUUUGUCAUGCAAAACACGCAUAAACUUGAGUACUUGUCAUGCAAAGAAUGACAAAGUACUCAAAUUUAUGCGUGCGGAAAAAAUUAUGGAUGGGGAUCAUGGUUGAUGUUUUUUUGUGGAUAGGGAAACUCUUUUUCCUCUACGACUUCUCGCGCGUGAUCUUCCCGCUGCUCUUAUGAUCCAAAAAAAAUGAGACCCAUAUCCAGCAUCCAAUUUGUCAACAUGCAAAACAUGCAAGGUCAGACCCAGUGUAGUUUAUCAUGCAAAAAAUGGAUGGAGAUGCCGAUGCUGGGUCCUUUUUUGUGGAUGCCUGUACGUGAUUUCCGACAGUAUCAGGAUCAAGCAUGGCGGAGCUCCUCCUGAGGGCAUUAGCGGGCGAGAUGGUGAGCAAAAUGAAGACAAAGUUCUCCUAUGGCGUUCUCAAAUGUUACAUUCUCAAUUAUUACACGAAUUUGUGAUGCAAAACCAGCAAUAGGGAAAGGGGCAAGGUUGCAAGUCUAGCAUGACAAAUUUGGUAAAAUUUUUCAGACAGCGGCAGGAUGGCCAGUGCUCGCACUUCACGCGCGUGCUCCCGGACCCACUGGAAAAAGCGGAAAUGGUGAUUUUGCACAACGAGACGAUUAAUCCGGACAGUACCGAAAAGCUGGAGGUCGUGCCAGUGCAAAUCACCUUUCCCCCGGAAGAGGAGGACUGAAGCUACUUCCUUACGGGGGAACAACGAGGAGAAUACUGGCGUUAUUCACGACCUCUCGGGUCGUUUGGGACGAGUUGGAAUUAUUUCUUUGCCCUGUCCGUCUCUGUAGUGGUACGGAUUACAGGUUGAUGUUCAGUUUUUUUUAUCUUUUUUACCCACUUUUAUGGGGUGGUGAUGGUGAUGUUACAGUGUCUUUAUGAAUGUGAUGCAUCUUCUAGUGCAACUUGUUGACAUGUGAUUACGACUUGACAUUUACUUUUCAUUCAAUAGCGAUAUCUAAAUUCGACUCUUGUUCUGGUCUCUCUACAGCAGCCACUGUACACUAGGAAAAUUUGCUGUUUUUUUUUUGAACAUAGCGUUCACAAUUGUAGUUUCGUGUUUUUGGAAAGAAUUUUCAUGAUCUUAAACUUGUACAGAAGUAAUAAAUAGCAUUGGGCUUUUUGGGUUAAUGUCAGCCUCGGCGAUGAAGUAAGCACUUUGAUAUAUUUGCGUUGCAUUUUUGAUGUGUCGCAGAAAUAUGUUGCAUUUUUGAUGUCGCAGUUACUAUUGCUUUCUCCCUAAU